CGCCACCCCACAGCUGGCUAAUGUGUAUGUACUGCCUGGCCAAGUGGCUGCCGCAAGCAUAUCUCACUCAGAGCUUCUCUGCUUCUGUUGCCCUGCCCUUAAGAGGUCAACAGGUUGUUUUUGUUUCUUUUGCAAACCUGUCAGCCCACUUACUCUCACUGAACUGCUAUCUACGCGACAGCUCAGCCCCAAACAAUUCUGCUACUUACCACAUUUCUAGCACAGGGCUGAUCUGUGCACUUUCCAUUGUACAAAGAAGAAUAGUGCUGACAUCCUGGUGCUGAGGGGGCUGCCAGCUCCUCUGGUUGUUAGGGCAUCAGCGAGUGCAUCCCGGCUCCCAGAGACAGAGAUCACCAAAGCACUUGGGGAGCUUGGCAACAAGCCGGGCGAGGAGACAGGAAGCUGUAAAUGACGAUGAGUUUGGCCUGAGGCCAUAGAUGAAGACUACGCAGGAGUCUGUCUCUAAGGAGGUGAAGAUUUUAACAAGCAUUCCGAGCCAAAAUCAACCCCGCCUAACCCUACACACAAUGCUGAGUUGGAAGUUGCCCAGGCAACUCAGUAUUAAUCAAGUGCCUCAGGUGUUUCGAGAGCAGGGCAUCCUGUUUGGGUAUCGCCAUCCAAGAAGUUCUGCAGCAGACUGUCUCCUCAGCGUCUUCCAGAUGACAAAUGAAACACUAAAUAUAUGGACACAUUUUUUGCCUGCCUGGUACUUCCUAUGGAAGUUAUUUGCCUUGGCCUAUUCGCUGGAUGUCUGGAACGACACGUAUGCCUGGCCCUUCCUUGCCUACAUGCUCACGUGCUGUAUUUAUCCUUUCACAUCCAGCUGUGCCCACACAUUCAGUACGAUGUCCAUCCAGGUUCUGCUAUUGCUUAUUCAACGUAUGUUUUCCCAGAAGAAUGGAUCAAUAGCACUUUCCAUCACUGUUAUGUACCCAUUGCUGUGCUUAACACGGUCAUUAGCACUGGUCUUUCCUGCUACUCCAGGAGAAGCAGGAUGCCUCCAUUGCUUUCUCCCUGAGAACUUCCUACUUCUUCCCAUAUCCUUCUCACCCACUGAAGCAGUAUCUGUGCAGCAGUCGCAUCUCAAGAGCUCUCACUUCAGAUUCCUACAUGGAUCUAGAAUAAAGACUGGACAAAUGCUUGGUGCUCCAUAUCUCCAUUAUAACAGUGAUGUCACAGAAAGGUUCCCUGAAAUAAAGCAGCCCAGGCUCAGUAAAACUCUUCGCACGCUGGCUUUUGCAUAUCCGUACCUGUUCGACAGCACGCCUCUCUUCUACAGGCUAUAUCUGUGUACUGGGGAAAGCUGCAUGGAAAGUGUAAUCCCAGUCCACUACAAGCACUGUGUGUUUGCCUUCCUCACUUGUUUCAUUUUUGCUGCACAUCUUCCUGAAAGACUUGCACCGGGACGCUUUGACUAUAUUGGGCACAGCCACCAGCUUUUCCAUGUAUGUGGCAUCAUUGGCACACACUUCCAAAUGGAGGCCAUCUUUAUAGACAUGAACGCUCGCCGUGACUGGCUCUUAGCUUUCUCACCUCUUCUCUCUUUCUCUCAGACAGCUGGUUCAAUUGGUAUCUCCAUUAUCAUGAGCCUAACUAUCAUUGCGGCUUUCUCAUGGGCUCUCUAUUCCAGACCAAAGUCCUCUAGGAAAGAAAAACUACAUAGGCAUUAAACUUUAAGUAGAGAUUGGUUUUUAGUUACAUUGCUGUAAAUGAGAAAUACCAAGUAACUUUAGUACUGGAUCAAUUAAGGUGAUGAGAUAUUUUGAUUGAUUUUCUUGGGGAAGAUACUUAAGGGGUUUUCAAGAGUGAACCAUUUUAUAUUGCACUGCUUUUUGUACAUAUGACUUUAAAGUUGGAGAGAUUGUGAAAUGGUUUAAAAUCCGGUCAAGUUGAUAUUUGAGCAUGAAAUUAUUUAGAAAAAAAUUAAAACAUUGUAAAAGGGAGAAGUGUAAUAUUUUGCAAGCCAGUAUUUGAGGGCAGAUUUAAUCCAAAUGAUGAAACUCACUGCAAUACCAUCUUCUAAGUCAAGGGUCAUUUAUCUGUGCUGAUUUCAGUUGACUGCUUUAGGGUAGAACCAGGAAACUUUAUUAUUUUGAUUAUAACAUGAUGGUACAUUGUGAUUGUCAGUUCAUAGGCAUAAGUGUCUAUAUUUUAUAUAUUUAAUACAUGGGGUAACAUCUUGAUCCUAUUGAAGUAAAUGGCACUUUUGCAACAGACUUUAAUAAGAGCCAGGAUUUCACCCUAGAAUCCUAGUGUUCCUAGGAUUGGGCCUUUCAGUUCUUCCCUCGGGAGAUUACUCCAGUCUGAGUUCACUGUUAGUAUGUUUUUCUGAUAUUCAGUCUAAAUUUCCUUGGCCUGAUUCUGCAUUUGUUUACGGCCUGAUCAGUCGGUGGGUGUUUUCCAUUGAGUACAAUGAGCUGUAAUUCAGGCCCUUGUAUCAGUGGGGUAGUUCCACUGACUUCAGCAGUUACACUCCUGAUUUACAGUAACGUGAAUGAGAGGAGAAUCAAGCCUCCAUUGCUCCUAAUUAAACCUCUCCACAGUAUGCAGACACCUCACUGAAAGACUAUCACUGAGAAGCCAUCAAAAUUGCAAUCUGGGGUCACAAAUUUUGGCUUGGAAGCAGGUGACACCCUGCGACUGGACUGACUUGCACUCAGCUGGUGACCAGAGAGGUACUAGGCCAGGUUAUAAUGUCUGUUAGAGUAUUUGAUUACUGUUUUUUAUACACAGGAGUGGUACUCAAAUGUCUCAGGCUUUGAGGUUAUCUGUGACUUGAUCACAUAUUGGAUUAUCUGAUACCUUGGAAUAUAUUUUUAUUAAGUACAUAAAUAUAUAAUGCAGAAAAUUACAAUGAGAUUAUCAAGCUUCCUGAUAACUGUAUGGGUUUACUAUAUGUUUUGUAAAUAGUAGCUUCCAUUGAGGUGUAAUAGAUGCACUUUGGGUUGACAGUGCAGCACAAUCUUUAAAUAUAUUCUGGGAAAAACACAAUUUGGAAAUGACCUUACUUUCUUCUGAAAGCUGAUCAAGAUUUCUAUUAAUAUUUAUUAGCACUGGAACAUAAUGUUUUUAUCCAACAUUUUAUUUAAUUAAAAAAAUAACUAUGACAAGAAAAGCGCUAAUAUGUGCUGCUGAUCUGUUUAUCUAUCUUGUCUUUUAGUAUAGCUGGGAAAGUCUGGCUUUGUUUGCGAAAAGUGAUUUAAGAUUCUAUAGGAUUAAUUAAUUUCUUUCUUUCUCAGUUGGUAGUCUAACUUUUCAGAUUCAAUAAGUCCCAUGUUCUGUGACUAUUACACAUACACAAUUAGGUAACUUCAAAUAAGCAGUGGUUCAUAGGAGAACUACCUGUAAAACAACACAUUUCUGUUCGACACGGUAGUCUGCUCCUUCAUCCUUCUAGACCCUACAGCAGUGUCACGUGGGGAUCUGGUCUGACACUUACACAUUUUAAUAGAGCAAAUUAGUUGAGUGUCAUUCCAACAUUUUCUGAUCCUGAAACAUCAGAUGGAAAGAGAAGCCAGAUUAAUUAUAAUGUGAGAGACACAUUCAAAACCAUAUCAUGAAUUAAGCUAUACAGCUGUAAAGAAAUAAAGUCUAUUUAUGAAGAA